GUCUACCACGUCUUUGUCACGUGAUCAAUAUAACAACAAAAAGUGAAAGGUGAUUGCUGAGAUAUCUGGAACAGAGAGAGGGGAGAAGAAUGGCAACUGACGGCCCACCAGAGAAUGUGGUUCAGGACCAAGUUAGGUCACUACUGGAGAACGAAAAGAUCAAACUUUGGGAGCCUCCUUACACAGCCGAAAAUAAAGAUGCUUCACCAGAGCUAAAAAUUCUUGGUGAGAAAUAUGCAUUACAGUUGUGCAUUGAUUUGAGUAUGGUGGAAAAUGUUCUUGAAAAUUUGAGGUGUAAUUCACUGCAAGGCUUGAAUGCAAAAAAGACAUUUGAGGACACUGGACUUGCGACAAUCCGUAUCAAUUAUACCAGUCAUACAAAAAGAAAAGAGAAAACUAAGUUGACAACGAAACUAAACAUUUCAGCCAAAGAUCUAAGAGCUGAAAUUGCAAAAUUGACUGGAAUGAAUGAACAACAUGUUAAACUCAUAAUGAACUCCAAGGUUCUUAAAAUGGAUCGAUCGCUUGCUGAACAGAAUGUAAAAAAUAAUUCAUUAAUUAUGGUUAUGCAAAUAACUCUGACUGAAGAAGAAGCAAAAGAACAGGAGAUAAAUUAUCAAGAGGAGAUGAAAGAACAGGAUGAGAGGAAAGCCAAAAUAUCUAGGACCAGAAAGGGUGCUGAAAUCUUAGCUCAGCAUGGUGAAAAUACAGAUCUCAGUAAUGUUCCAUACUUAGAAAUCGCAGAUCAGAAAGGGCGGCCAAUCCCUAUCCCUGCUGCAGAAAAAAAGGCACUAUUGUUAGCUAUGACACUACAUGAAAAAGGCAGAGCAUUUAUGAAGAAGAAAGAUUAUGCUUCAGCAUUGUUGUAUCUGUUGGAUUCUGAUGAAGAAUUUGGGAAAUGUGGGUCUGAACUUCUGAACAUUGUAGAUAACCAUGCGGUCCUACAACUGGAAAUAGUGUGGUGUUACCUUCAAUUGGAACAACUCGACUGCCUUCGUGAUGCAGAAGAGAGAUUAAAACGAGCCCAGACCAGGCUGAAUAACUGCUAUGGCGAGAACCUGGAGCGACUCUACAACCUGAAGGGUAAUACUGCCAAUGAGCAGGUGCUAUAUUUGCGGCUCAAGCUUCUUCAGGGAGUGGUAUUGUACCAUAAAGGAAAGCUGGAUCAGACUAAAAAUCAUCUGAAUGAGGCGGAAACAUUAUUGGGAAAGCUUUCUGUGGAUGAUACAAAGGUGAUGCAACUGAUGUGUCUUGGUUUCACAGCCCAGGAGGCACGGCUAGGUUUACGAGCGUGCCAUGAUGAUAUUGAAGUUGCUGCAUCGCACAUCUACCACAGGAGAGAGGAGAAAGCUGAAAUCCGGAGAAAAGAGAAAGCUGAAAGAAAAAGGAAGAAACAAGAAGCUGUGAAUUCUUUGGUGGCAAUGGGCUAUUCGGAAAAAGCUGCAGCCAAGGCAUUUAGAUCAGCCAAUAAUAACUUGGAACGUGCUAUAGAGAUACUUCAACACACCCCAGAGCAUGUCUAUAUGGAUGAUGAGGAAGCUGGACCAAGUAACAGAAUUGAAGUUUCUGAAGAAACUAUUAACCAGGUGGCAUUUUUGGGUUUUGAUCAUUCUGCUGCUGAAAUUGCCCUCAGGAGAUUUAAUGGGAACAUUGAGCGUGCUGUUCAGGCCUUGAUCGAUCACGGUGGAUACCUUCCAUCAAGUCUACUUAAUUCACCUCCCUCAUCGACAUCACCAGAGGAUAUGGAUGUUGAAGAAGAGUCCUCAGAAAAAAAGCAAAAGGAGCGUGAAAUUGUGGAAGAGGUUUUAGCAGACAUCCCAGAGCAUGAAGAAGACUACCUUGACAUGACCCUGGAAGAGGAGAGGGAGGUCAUUAUCAAGUACAAGACCUGGCUACAAAGGUCACAUCCAUCGACCUUGUAAUUAGACUGUGGAAGAGCCAGUACUUAAAUCCUACCGCUGAUUUGUGCCUCAUACCUCCAUCUACAAAAUGUGUUGCCUUUUCUUGAUUAGAAACAAAAACUGAAUUUUUCUGUUUAUGAUUUUGUUUGCCGCCUUGCAAAGACCUGAAGCCAUGGCAUCCCUUUACUAUAUAAUCAAAUUUAGCUUUUGGUGCAAAUUUUAAUUAGGAUGUAAUUUUAUAGUAAUUUAGCCUUUCACUUUGUAGUAAAUACUGACAUUUACUUUACCGGUAGUUGUUCUUAUUUCCAAAAUAAUUGCUGUUGUUACAGCAAAUAGAAAAUCCAAAUUUGGAUGUUAUUAAUGCUGGAUAGUUCUACUUCACAAAUUAGUCUCCAAUGACGUCUUUUUCUAGGCUUUGGUCUGUCACGUACUAACUGUGGUUGGGGCAAUCUGUAGUAUUGGGGAACCUGUCUGAAUAACUCCAGUUGUAUAACCUUGGAUCUCUUGUCAAAAAGAAUUUGCCAUCUAUAUCUUAAUCAUCAUUGUCAAAAAUCAUCAUUUUAAAUUUUUUACAGUCUGAUUCAAUGGCCAGUAUUGUUUCCUUCUUGGGCUACACUGGUCUAUGCUGUUUGGAACUAGUCAGUAUUGCCAGCCAUUUCUCUGCUCUCUGGUUUGUUAUUCAAUGAUUCACAAUUGCAUCCUGUCUUUGCACCCGGCCUUUUAGGCCUGACCAUAACUGCUAUUGAAACAUGGAAGUGCCACUAUUCAUAACUACUUAUACCAAAGUUUAGAUUCGGGGGUUAGAGCCAGAGCUGGAAACAGAGUGCAAGUGUAUGUAUUAUAGAUAUCUUUCCUCAAACUGAGCCCUUAACUGGAGAUCAAGAAAACAUGUUCUUACUGCACAGACUGUUUGUUUGGCUGCUAUACUUGGUGAAGCAGCGAUUUCUCACGACCAUACCCUCCAAUAAAGGAUGUGUUGUUUAGAGGCUUAUAUUUGUUUUACCUCAGUAUUUGGAUCAUGAUGCUGUUCUUGUCCUCAGUAUUUUCUACGAUAAUCCCUUCACCUGUGCUUCAAGGCUAAACUCCAAAGCAGUUUGUUCAAGCAAAGUCAGCAGUGGCUCCAGGGUUUUUUAAAAAAUAAUAUUGUCUGGGCCUCUAGCUAUUAGAUUGCAGUUGAUGGCAAAACCAUAAUGGGUGCUUAAAAUUAACAGGACUUUGUAAGAUCCUGACUUUGUAAGGAUAUGCUGCUGUUUUUAAAGAAAAGUGAAAAUAGGAGUGAUCUCUAAAUUCAAUAAAAAUGUAUAAAAUUAAAUAGAAAUUGUAUACAAUCCUAUUUUUGAAAAAUUGUAUUUUGUCUUGCUCAUGAAAUUUGUGUACAGUGCCAAUUUUUUUCAGCAAUAACAUUGACAGAUGAUUUUAUACAGAAAUGUGCUUUGUUUAUACUUGCUGUAAUGGAUUGAACUGAAAUGAGCUGAUUUAAACUUUAUUUCCCCCCUGCACUCUUACUGAGUGCUGCAUGUGAAAUGAUGUACAACAGAGGGCAUUUAUCUGUUUAGUUCGAGGAUGUGGAAAUUCAUUCACCGAUUCGUUUGUUACUUUUGGCCUUGGUUCUAUGUUAGUGCCCUUGCAAAAUGUUGGUUCACACUGCAGAGACUUGAAACCAGGCUGAUACUGUAAUAUUUUAAACCAAGACAUAAUCUGCCUUCUCUAGUGAACAUGAGUGAUCUCGUGGCACUAUUUGAAGGGCAGGGGAUUUCUUCCAGCUGGCAUUUAUUCUGGAGCCAGCUAUAAUUUGCCUCUAUUCAAACAUUUUGCUUCAGAUAUUUUUAACAGUAUGGAGUACGUAGCAAUUUUUAAAUCCACUAUAAUUGUGCAAACUCUUCUCUUUUUAAGAGACUUUGUUUCAAUUGUACUUAUACUGUACUUAUACAGUUGAGUUGAAAUUCCCAGCUUCCUAAAUUACAUUUCUGAUUCUGUGUACACUUUAUUGGAAGUAAUGAUCCUUCUCCCUUUCCUUUUUGAUAAUUUAAUACCUUUCAUAAAAUUUUGAAUAAAAUCUUUGCCUUGAUUUGUU